UAACCAUCAUCAGACUCCGAGUCACGAUAGAGAGGCGUCUAUCUUCCCACUUCCCACUAACCCCGUUUCACUGGACGGCAAUCUCAGAGCACAGUAUCUUGGCUGCAGCCGUACAUGCAAAGAUAGCCACACAGUGCAGUCAUCCUCCUAGAACGAGGCCAUAAACCAUCAAUAUCCAUUUGUCCAUCUGUGGACCACGGGUCCACUUGAAGUGUUGCAUGACUCAACACGGCUUAUACUUAUAAGCCACCACUUCUCUGUUCGAAUACCAAUUUCCCUAGUCUUCUCUUUUCUCUAAGCAUGCCCAACCCAUCCCCCCACCCUAUUAUCGCUUAUCGGAUAGACAACUCCCACCUCAACGACUCUAGAUACCAACCGGGUGUCGCUCCAUCAUCCUGUCGGCUUCACUGGGAUAUGUGGAAAAAUCCCGAAUACUCCGCUAUCGACACGGGCGCCACAGACUCCAACGGGAAAUACCAGUACAUCGCGCUCGCUCGAGCUGUCGAUCGACACCUCCGUUUUAUCAUCAUCACGUGUGGCGCAUUCCCUGAGUCGUGGGGACCUAUUCGCGUAGAGAACACCCACCACCACACGGUGACUAUCCAUAACGUGCUGCAGAGCAUUUAUCGGUACUUGCGUGUUCCGCUGACGCGCGCGGAACAGGCUAUGCUGAGCCGUAAACAGCGCGAGAUGAUGAUGAGGACGCUCUUUGCGAAUCCGGGGACGGCGUCGACGCUUACUCGGGGGCACUAUUUGGGUGCGAACCAUUACUUUGGUGGGCUUACGCCGUCGCUGGGGUUUACCGACACGUACAUCCUGACGCUUCGACGCUCAGGCCAAGGACAAGCACGGGGUUAGUCAGUCCCAGGCAUUGCCUAGAAGUACAGAUAAAUGGGACGACUGAUACAUAAAGGAGCAAGUCAGAGCAUACAGUCCCGCCUGAUACCUCAUCUCCCGUCUCUGCGCCAAGGUAUUCGGGCACUAUAAAGUCCCAGGGAAGUACUCCACCAGCGCCCUUUCGUCCGUAAUCUUCUCCGGCUCUUUUCCAGGGGAGCUCGAGGGAGCAAUGG